GCUGUGUUCAUGGGACGCUUUAUUCACCGCUCUUAUUUCUUAGAAUAGUGUGCUGUGGUCCAACCAGUUGGGUUGCGUGAGCUUUCUGGAAAAGGGGAGGAAGUUUAAAGGAAGAAGAAGGUGGAGGAAACAAACAAUCCAAUGCUGCAGUUUCAAACUUUCCUCAAAGUGUAAAAGCUACAAGAGAAGAAGAGGAGAGCUGGGCGAGAGGAUGGGACUCUCUGUGCUCUGUGUGCUGGGCCUUUUCUUGAUGAACAUUCUCCUCUACUCUGGACACGCUCAAGAUAUUUGGCUGUCCGUGGAUCCAAACAGGUCCACUUUCUUCACUGGAGAGUAUGUGACCUUCAUAUGUGACAUGAGGAGAGGAGAAGACACUGACUGGUUUUACUCAAUCAGCCUGGAGGGGAAGAGAUCUCCCCCCAACAGCCCCAAGAAGAGACUUAAAUCACAAUCUCUAACUUCACGCCACAGCGGUGGAUAUCAGUGUAUUGCGGCUCACAAGAGCUCACCAGCUGUUAUAAUAGAAAGUAAUACAGUCUCUCUCACUGUAUCAGAGCGACCGAAGGCCCGACUGAGCAAAAACACUCCAGCAGGGGUCAGUAUGACCCUGACCUGCUCUGUGAGCUCAUCUUCACCAUCUUCAUCUGGAUGGAAAUACUUCUGGUACAGAGGCAAGAAAACCUCUGAACCCCUGAUCACACGAGAAGAUGUUCUCCUCCCCAAAGGAGGAGGAGGAGGAGAAUUCUAUUGGUGCAGAGGAGGAAGUGGAGACCCAGUCUACUACACAGAAUACAGCAAUACAGUUGCCACACACACAGCUGUUGUGACUCUGCAGCCCGGCUGGCCUGAGAUUUACUCCGGAGAGGCGAUCACUCUCACGUGUGCCGUGAGGGAUGCAGGGGACGCUGAGUGGGAUUACCGAUGGGAAACAAUCAGCUCUCACGGCCCUCAUAAACAAAGAGGCGCCGUGAUCACGCCGUCACACGGCGGAGACUUCUGGUGUCGGGGCUGGCUGAGAUAUGAAAUGUCUUCCUCAAAAUGGAGCGAUGCUUUCACACUAAAGGUUUCUCCCGGUGAACCCAAGCCGGUCCUCACGGCGGCUCCAUCGUGGCCGAGUCCCGGAGGCUCGGUGACUCUGACCUGCAGCGUUGACCCUCCGUCUGCAGGAUGGAGGUUCUUCUGGUACCGGGUUGUUCCCUCACUGCCAGCCUCCUACAGCCGGGAGCUGCUACCGGGCAGCACCAACGGUACCGAGCGGAACUCCUACACCGCUCACGGGCACGCGCGCACAGCGGGAUACGCGUGCCGAGCCGCGCGAGGAGACCCGGUGUUCCUCUCCUCGUACAGUGAGCCUCAGUUCGUCUGGUCUGCAGAUUUCCAUCCAGCAGCGUCUCUCACAGUGAGUCCUCCCAGAAUGCAGUUCUUCAGCAAAGAGUCACUGUCACUGAGCUGUGAGGGAAACUCUACUGAGUGGAGAGUGAACAGGUUUAUUAAACAUGACCAGCUGACCACAGAUUGUUCUGUCUGGGGAACCAUGACUGGACCCACAUGCAGCAUCAGCGCUAAUGGGAUGACUGGAGUGUACUGGUGUGAGUCUGAAACGGGGCAGUUCAGCAACGCAGCCAACAUCACGAUACAGAGUGGUGAUGUCAUCCUGGUGGGCUCUGUCCACCCGGUGACUGAGGGACAGUCGGUCACUCUGGGCUGCAGGUUGAAGACAGAAGAGCUUCUUCAUCACGUGGAUUUCUAUAAAAACGGCAAACUCAUCCCAGAUCAUAGCAGCGGGGAGCUGUUCAUCUCUGAAGCUACGAAGUCAGAUGAAGGUUUCUAUAAAUGUGAAGCAAGAGAUUCAACUCGAGGUUUGAGGAGCUCGUCACCUCAGAGCUGGAUGUCAGUCAAAUCCCCCAGCUCUCCGUUCCCCGUGCUGAUGAUUGUUGGUCUGGUUUCUGGAGUUUCUCUGAUUAUUCUCCUGCUGCUGUUUCUGUAUUUCUGCUACAGAAGGUCAAAAGAUUCUCGCCUCGUGAGGUCUGAGAGCACCAAUCAGAGCGCAGCUACAGACCACAUGACCAACCAGGUUGCAACUCAAGAAGGACAAUAUGCCUCUCUUCUCCGUGGUGAUUCUUGUCUGUAUGAAACAAUCCAAGCCUCUGAACAACCUGAGCAUGGAAGGAAUAAUGAACCAGAGAAGAGCGUUUACUCCAAUGUGACGAUGGGACCAGCUGCAGUCUGUGUGGACAUGAGGAUGGGACUCACUGUCGUCUGUGUGCCGGGGCUUUUCUUGGUGAAUAUUCUCCUCUACUGUGGACACGCUCAAGAUAUCUGGCUGUCCGUGGACCCAGACAGGUCAGCUUUCUUCACUGGAGAGUCUGUGACCUUCACAUGUGGCGUGAGAGCAGAAGAGACGGACUGGUAUUACUUAUUCAGGAGGGAUGGUUAUUCUUUGAACAACAACAUCCAACAAAAGACGAUGACACGAUCUGUAACUCCAGCCCUCAGUGGUGAAUAUCAGUGUGUUGCAAGUCACAAGCGUCAACAAGCUGUUUUAGAAAGUAAUAACGUCUCUAUAACUGUUUCAGGUAAACCCAAGCCGGUCCUCACGGCGGCUCCAUCGUGGCCGAGUCCCGGAGGCUCGGUGACUCUGACCUGCAGCGUUGACCCUCCGUCUGCAGGAUGGAGGUUCUUCUGGUUCCGGGUUGUUCCCUUACUGCCAGCCUCCUACAGACUGAAGCUGCUACCGGGCAGCACCAACGGGACCGAGCGGGACUCCUACACCGCUCACGGGCACGCGCGCACAGCGGGAUACGCGUGCCGAGCCGCGCGAGGAGACCCGGUGUUCCGCUCCUCGUACAGUGAGCCUCAGUUCGUCUGGUCUGCAGAUUUCCAUCCAGCACCGUCUCUCACAGUGAGUCCUCCCAGAAUGCAGUUCUUCAGUGAUGAGCCACUGUCACUGAGCUGUGAGGGAAACUCUACUGAGUGGAGAGUGAGCAGGUUUAUUAAAUAUAACCAGGAUACCAUCUACUUAUACUGUUCUUUCUGGGGAACCAUGACUGGACCCACAUGCAGCAUCAGCGCUAAUGGGAUGACUGGAGUGUACUGGUGUGAGUCUGAAACGGGGCAGUUCAGCAACGCAGCCAACAUCACGAUACAGAGCGGUGAUGUCAUCCUGGUGAGCUCUGUCCACCCGGUGACUGAGGGACAGUCGGUCACUCUGGGCUGCAGGUUGAAGACAGAAGAGCUUCUUCAUCACGUGGAUUUCUAUAAAAACGGCAAACUCAUCCCAGAUCAUAGCAGCGGGGAGCUGUUCAUCUCUGAAGCUACGAAGUCAGAUGAAGGUUUCUACAAAUGUGAAGCAAGAGAUUCAACUCGAGGUUUGAGAAGCUCGUCACCUCAGAGCUGGAUGUCAGUCAAAUCUGCAGCCCCCAGCUCUCCGUUCCCCGUGCUGAUGAUUGUUGGUCUGGUUUCUGGAGUUUCUCUGAUUAUUCUCCUGCUGCUGUUUCUGUAUUUCUGCUACAGAAGGUCAAAAGAUUCUCGCCUCGUGAGGUCUGAGAGCACCAAUCAGAGCGCAGCUACAGACCACGUGACCAACCAGGUUGCAAAUCAAGAAGGACAAUAUGCCUCUCUUCUCCGUGGUGAUUCUUGUCUGUAUGAAACAAUCCAAGCCUCUGAACAACCUGAGCAUGGAAGGAAUAAUGAACCAGAGAAGAGCGUUUACUCCAAUGUGACGAUGGGACCAGCUGCAGGUCCAAGUACAACAGACUUUGGGUUUAUUUUAUUAUUAAUACCACCAGGAGAUUCACCAAUGGUCAAAUACAACAAUGAGAGUAAAUAACUGUCAAUAAUAGCUUGUAUAUAUUUGUUUUU